GGUCGUAAAUCCGCCAUGUUUGAAGCGUUGCGACAGAAGACGGAGGUCUGGAGCGACAUGACUGAAGAAAAUAAUAAUACGGCAGCAACAGAGACCGACCAAACGGAGCAUAGCAACAUCAUCACAAUCCAAACCACACUCGGAGACGAAGAUGAGGAUAUUCAUAAAUGUGGGAGAUGUCUGGAGGAGUUCUCCGCUCUGGAUGCUUUCAUCCAACAUAAACUCAGCAGGAGCUGCAAGCAUCCUCAGCAGGACCAUCAGGCAAAUGUUGUCCCAAAUGAAGGUGCUUCCACUGAUGUCAAACUGAGUGAAAAUGAUAGUUCAUCUGAUGAAGGGGGCACAUCGAAUGCAGACAAGAGAGAAAAAGCAGCAGCUGGAGGAAAAAAGAGAAGCCCCUCUGCAAGCGAGGAUGACAGAACCAGUUCUGCAAAAGUCGUUUGGAAGUUAAACGCAGAGGGACGAUACAUCUGCGACAUAUGUGAGAAGACCUUUAAAACGACAAAUAUUCUGAGAACCCACAUGUUCACGCACACUGACCAGAAGGACUUUAAGUGUGAAAUAUGCCAGACUGCUUUUAGGACCAAGGGUUCGUUGAUCCGACACAAACGUCGGCACACAGAUGAGCGUCCGUACCGCUGCAGUCAGUGUGGCCUGGCGUUCAGAGAGUCCGGAGCUCUAACCAGACAUCUGAAGUCUCUUACACCCUGCACUGAGAAGAAUCGUUACAGUCAGUGUAAAGAGAUACUUGUCAGCAAGGAUGGCGUUCGGAAAGAAGUUCUGCCGUCGCCUCCUGAACCUGAGAAGGAGCAAAUUCCUGUCGUGAGGGUUGUGGAAGCUGGUCAGGAAAUCAUCCAGAUCCAGGUGGUAGGACAAGUGCAACAUGUCGUGUCUCAGCCUCAAACUGCGACACUGGUGGAAGCCGACAAUCUCAUCUGCCAGGCCAUCAUAAACUCUGGCAUCGCGCUGGAAACCGAAGCCACCGAGGCGGCCGAGCAGGCAGAGGCCCGGUCACCUAAAGCAGUCCUGGAGACUCCUGAGACUGACGCCAGACUCACUGAAAUCCAGGUGACGGAGGAAUGUGUGGAGACAGUGGCUGAGGAAACACAAGAUUCGUCUGUGAAGGAAGACGAACCUGUCGAGUCAAAAUUAUACAAAUGUCCUCACUGCGAGCGUAUGUUCAAGACACUGACCUACCUGAGGCUCCAUGUCAAAGGGCAUGUCGGUUACAAGCCGUUUAAGUGCCUAACAUGUCAGAAGGAGUUCCUGAUGGGCCACGUGCUGAAGAAACACAUGGAGACGCACAUCAGCGAGCGGCGCUACAAAUGCGGAGAGUGCGGCAAGCAGUUUAAAGCCAUCGGACACGUGCGGGAACACAUGAAAGCACAUUCAGACGAGAGGCCGUACCAAUGCAGCUUCUGUGACAAGAGCUACAAGACCAAGAAUGCUCUGCAGGUCCACCACCGCACUCAUGGCGAGGAAAAGCCAUACGUGUGUCCGCACUGCUCCCGUGGCUUUCGGGAAAAGAGCGCUUUAGUGCGGCACAUACGACAUCACACGGGAGAAAAGCCCUUUAAGUGCUCCAAAUGCGGCCGGGGCUUUGCAGAGCAUGGCACGCUCAACCGUCACAUGCGAGCUAAAGGAGGCUGUUUUGCUGUGCAGCAGAAGGACUCUGAGGCGGCGGGGAGCUCUGAGGAGGUCGUAUCAGACGACCCUCAUGCAGUGCUGGUGGAGUUCUCCUCAGUGGUGGCCGACACUCAGGAAUACAUCAUAGGGGCACCAGCUGAGGAAGCAGCUCAAGCGGAGGAGGUGGCUAUAAUUCAAGACAAUCAGCAGCAGAUGGACAGUCACAUCAUGAAGGUGGUGCAGCAGAUCGUCAGCCAAUCACACGGAGGCCACCAGAUCAUCGUGCGCAACGUGGCCGCAGACGAGACCCCGGGCAUCUCGGACUGUGGAGACACCAUCACCAUCGCCACGCCUGAGAGCCUGACCGAGCAGGUGGCCAUGACACUCGCAAACGCCUUGAGCGAUGGCACCAUCCUCACCACGACAUCAGAGGGUGCCGUGGAGACAGUUACCAUGGUAACAGCUGAGAACAUUGAGACAAUGGAGCAAGAGGAGCAGUAUGUCAUCACUUCCCCCGACGAAGUGGAAAUCCAGACCAUGGUAGUGGUUUAAGAUGCAGGAUCUGUUCAUUUAAUAUGUUUCUUUUAUUACAUGAACAGCCGUGGCAUAGCAUUUCAUUUCAUGUUUUGCACUGCAAGGUGGAUUCAUAACUUUUGCUUAUGGAAACUUUCAAAAGUUUGUGUUUUGGGAUUUAAACCGAUUGUUUUCAAGCUGCACGUUAUACUAAAGAACUGAUGCCAUUUUUAGUUUUAUUUUCUAUAUCAGAUUUUCUCUGUUGCAUGGCAUAAAAUCAUAAACGACUUUCAUCUACUCAUCAUGAAUAUGUAACAUGACUUGUUGCCACCAAUAAUAGAGCCCAUAAAACAACUGGCAGGAAAUGAAAGUAUGAAACAUUAAAUAUAUAUUUUUUGUA